UCUGACGUUGUACGGCGUGCGGUGUGUUCGGGUUCUCGUGUGAGAGGCGGGAACGGAAAUCACGGAGGUUUCGCGAAAAUAAGGCCUACUGAGCCAUGGGAAGGGAGUCCCGACACUACAGAAAGCGCUCGUCGUCUCGUGGCCGCUCGGGGAGUCGGUCAAAAAGUCGUUCUCCAGCAGACAAGAGAGCCAAACGAGAUGACCGUCGCUCUAGAAGCCGUGAGCGUGAUCGGGAACGUAGGCGGGAAAGAUCACGUAGCCGAGAUCGCAGGAGAUCCCGGUCCAGAGACAGAAAAAGGCCUGGUCGUAGGCCAAGUAGAGAGAGGGAACGCAGUCGGGAGAGAAGAAGGUCUCGCAGCAGGGAGCGGCGAAGGUCAAGGAGUAAAAGUCGUAGCAGGCGAUCCAGAUCCUCCAGUCCUAACAAGAACAAAAAAGGAGAAAUAAGAUCAAAAUCUAAGGAAAGGACUGAAGGAUCAGAGGUAUCUAAAGAAAAGAAAAAGGAAGAGAAAGAGGAAGAAAAGGAGAAAGAAAAAGAGAAGGAUGUUAGUAAUUUUGAUCAGAACAAACUUGAGGAAGAAAUGCGCAAGCGGAAAGAGAGGGUGGAAAAAUGGCGGGAAGAACAGCGCAAGAGAGUUGUGGAAAGUAUUGGAGAGCUGAAAAAAGAAAUUGAAGAAAUGAGACAAGGGAAAAAAUGGAGCUUAGAAGAUGAUGAUGAUGAUGAAGAGGAGCCAGCCGAGGGUGAGAAAGAAGAGGCAGAGGAAGAAACUGAGGAGGUGGAUUCUCUUGACGCUUAUAUGGAGGAAGUGAAGGAAGAAGUCAAGAAAUUUAAUAUGGGAAGUGUGAAAGGUGGAAGCGAAAAGAAAGGUGGACCGACUGUCACUAAAGUUGUAACCGUGGUUACUACCAAGAAGGUUGCCACAGAAACGACCAAAAAGAAGGGGGAGCUCAUGGAAAAUGAUCAGGAUGCUAUGGAGUAUUCAUCUGAAGAGGAGGAGGUUGAUCUUCAGACCGCUCUUACAGGCUUUCAGACAAAGCAGCGCAAGCUUUUAGAGCCAGUGGAUCACGGCAAGAUAGAGUAUGAACCUUUCAGGAAAAACUUCUACGUGGAAGUUCCAGAGCUUGCCAAAAUGACCCCCGAAGAGGUAAGCGCAUACAGGCUUGAGAUGGAAGGUAUUGUUGUGAAAGGAAAAAACUGUCCGAAGCCCAUAAAGACUUGGGUCCAGUGCGGCAUAUCAAUGAAGAUUCUGACUUCUCUGAAAAAGCACGCAUAUGAAAAGCCAACUCCCAUUCAGACUCAGGCUAUCCCUGCCAUCAUGUCUGGCCGGGACCUGAUUGGGAUUGCCAAAACAGGAAGUGGAAAAACAAUAGGAUUCCUUCUACCCAUGUUUCGGCAUAUCAUGGACCAGAGACCUUUGGAGGAGGGAGAAGGACCUAUUGCUGUCAUUAUGACUCCAACUAGAGAGCUGGCUUUGCAAAUAACUAAAGAGUGCAAGAAAUUCUCUAAGACGCUUGGACUGCGUGUUGUCUGUGUCUAUGGAGGGACUGGCAUCAGUGAACAGAUUGCUGAACUUAAGCGAGGAGCCGAGAUAAUUGUGUGUACGCCAGGGCGUAUGAUUGACAUGUUAGGUGCUAACAAUGGUCGAGUGACCAACCUGAGGCGCGCAACGUAUGUUGUCCUUGAUGAAGCAGACAGAAUGUUUGACAUGGGCUUUGAGCCACAGGUCAUGAGGAUUAUAGACAAUGUGCGGCCAGACCGUCAGACAGUUAUGUUUUCUGCCACCUUCCCAAGGGCUAUGGAAGCUUUAGCCCGGAGGAUAUUGAAUAAGCCAAUAGAGGUCCAAGUGGGAGGAAGAAGCGUGGUGUGUUCCGAUGUGGAGCAGCAUGUGAUCGUGAUAGACGAGGAUAAGAAGUUUCUCAAAUUGCUUGAGCUCUUGGGGCAUUACCAGGAAAAGGGCGCAGUUAUUAUUUUCGUGGAUAAGCAAGAACACGCAGAUGGGUUACUGAAGGACCUAAUGAGAGCAUCUUAUCCCUGCUUAUCUCUUCACGGAGGUAUUGACCAAUACGACAGAGACAGCAUCAUAAAUGACUUCAAGAAUGGAGUCUGCAAGCUACUGGUGGCCACUUCUGUUGCGGCCAGGGGCCUUGAUGUCAAGCACUUGAUCUUGGUGAUUAAUUAUUCCUGCCCCAACCAUUACGAAGAUUAUGUGCACAGAGCUGGACGUACAGGCAGAGCUGGAAAUAAGGGCUAUGCAUUCACAUUUAUCACAGAGGAGCAAGCUCGACAUGCUGGAGACAUCAUUAAAGCCUUGGAACUUUCCGGCAACGCCGUUCCCCCGGAGCUAGAGAAACUCUGGAGUGAAUUUAAGGAUCAACAGAAAGCUGAAGGAAAAGUGAUAAAGAAGACCAGCGGCUUCUCCGGAAAAGGAUUUAAGUUUGAUGAAACAGAGCAGGCUCUGGCAAACGAGAGAAAAAAGCUCCAGAAAGCAGCUCUCGGUCUCCAGGAUUCUGAUGAUGAAGAUACAGCCCUUGAUAUUGAUGAGCAGAUCGAGAGUAUGUUUAACUCUAAGAAGAGGGUGAAAGACAUGGCUGGUCCAGGUGGAGCGGCAGCUGCCGCGGGUACAAGUGGGUCUGCUGGGGGUACACCAGGAGCUGCCGCUUCAGCCAGUGCCACAGCGCCCACCGGGGGAAAUGCAGAGAAACUUGAGAUAGCGAAACGCUUGGCAAAGAAACUUAGUGUGAACAAGAACUUGGGAGCAGAGGCUCAGGAUGUUAUGCAACAAGCCACAAACGCAAUAUUGAGAGGAGGCACCAUACUGGCACCCACAGUAUCUGCAAAAACCAUUGCAGAGCAACUGGCAGAAAAGAUCAAUGCUAAACUCAACUAUGUCCCAGUAGAGAAACUGGAAGAGGAGAAGCAGGAAGCUGGAGCUAAUGAAUCAUUUAAGAGAUAUGAAGAAGAGUUGGAGAUCAACGAUUUCCCACAAACUGCCAGAUGGAAGGUGACCUCUAAAGAAGCUCUCCAGAGAAUCAGUGAAUAUUCUGAAGCUGCGAUUACGAUCAGAGGGACAUAUUUCCCACCUGGAAAAGAUCCUAAGGAAGGAGAAAGGAAGAUUUACUUGGCUAUUGAAAGUGCAAGCGAGCUGGCAGUACAGAAAGCUAAAGCAGAAAUUACCCGUCUUAUCAAAGAAGAACUGAUCAGACUGCAAAACUCCUACCAACCAACGAACAAAGGAAGAUACAAAGUACUUUAGAGAUUGGAAAUUUGUGGUGGAAUUUUGUUUGUGUUCUUAUGCUGUCUUCAUCUUGAGUUGUAAAUGAAAGUCUUUUCUUAUUUUAUCUCUAUUUUAAAAUAAAGAGCUAGAUGUGACAUUUUCAAUCACACUUCAAAUGAAUUUCAUGAAUCAGACCUUUAAUUUGGAAAAGUAAUGUGAUUUCCAUGGUCUUUAAUAAAGUUUGUUUUUAAUUUUCA